AUGGAUGAGGAUUAUACUGUUUGGGUAGACUUUCCUAGAUAUAGUCAACAAUAUUUAGAUGGUGUGGAGGGAUUUUUGCAGAACGCCUUCCCCCUAUUUGGAAAAGGGGAUGAAAUACAGUGUCCCUGCAAAAAAUGUACCAAUCGUCUGUGGUUACGUCGAGAUGUCAUUUAUGACCAUCUCAUUUGUUACGGACCCUCGUCGUUAUAUGUGGAGUGGAUAUGUGAUGUUUCACACACUAAGAUGAAUGGUAAGGACAAUAUGGAUUGUGAAACGGGGAUGGGUUUCGAAGAUAAUUUAGAUGAUAUGUUCGAUUGUACGGGUAAGGGGUUCCAAAAUGUUGAAGAGGGGGAAGAUGGACCAAACGUAGAGGCUGCCAAAUUUUAUCGCCAUGUUAGAGAAGGCAAACAACCAUUAUACCCCGGAUGUACCAAAUUUUCAUGGCUAAGUUUCAUGAUCAGACUUUAUCAUUUCAAGUGUGUUCAUGGAAUUACCGAAUCUGCGUUUCAAGAGUUACUAGGGCUGAUGAAAGCAGCUUUUCCUAACGCUCUCCUGCCUUCAUCACUUAGUGAAGCAAAGAAUACCAUUAGAGAUCUAGGACUAGAUUAUCAGAAAAUACACGCUUGCCCAAAUAAUUGCAUGCUAUUUUGGGCACAAAAUAGUGACAAAGAUAUGUGUGAUAACUGUGGUGCUUCGAGGUGGGUGGUACAAGAAAAGAAGGGUAGUCCAGUGAAUGAUCCUCAGAAGUUGAUAGACAAGGUGCCAGCAAUGGUAAUGAGGUACUUCCCGCUAAAACCAAGAUUGCAGAGGCUGUUCAUGUGCAAAGAAUAUUCGAAACUAAUGAUUUGGCAUGCGGUGGGUCAAAUGAAAGAUGGAAAAUUGAGGCAUCCGGCUGAUGGAGAGGCUUGGAAGACAAUGGAUUCCAAUUAUCCUCUUUUUUCAUCAGAAAACCGUAAUAUUAGUUUAGGUGUAGCUGCUGAUGGUUUUAACCCCUACCGUUCUAUGAAUUUAAGUCAUAGUACAUGGCCGAUUAUAUUAGUCAACUACAACCUUCCACCUUGGUUAUGCAUGAAACAAGAGAAUUUAAUGCUUUCAACAUUAAUAUCCGGACCGGAUUCUCCCAAGAACAAUAUUGAUGUGUUCAUGCAACCUUUGAUUGCGGAGCUGAAAGAACUAUGGGAUGUUGGUGUCAAAACUUAUGAUGUCUUAGCUGGUAAAAAUUUUACUUUACAUGCACGGGUGUUGUGGACUAUUAGUGAUUUUCAGGGAUAUGCUAUGCUGUCGGGUUGGAGCACAAAGGGCAAAUUGGCGUGUCCCGUAUGCCAUUACGAAACUUCGUCAAGUUACUUAAAACAUAGCAGAAAAAUGUGCUAUAUGCAUCAUAGGAAGUUUCUUCAUCCUACACACAAAUGGAGGCUGGAUAAAAAAAGAUUUAAUGGCGAAAUAGAAACAGGGCAGAGCCCUGAAAUUUUAACCGGAACAGAUAUUGAAGAAUUAUUGCGCGGGUUUGAAAACUGGUUCGGGACCAAAAAAGAAAAGGCUAAAAAAAUUGAUUCCCCUUUUAAAAAGAAGUCUAUAUUUUUUGAUUUGCCGUAUUGGUGUCAUAAUCCUCUUCGACAUAAUCUUGACGCCAUGCACAUAGAGAAAAAUGUGUGCGACAAUAUAUUAGGUACUUUACUUAAUAUUGGUGGGAAAUCAAAAGAUCAUGUAAAUGCUCGUUUUGAUUUACAAGAAAUGGGUAUAAGAAAGGCCCUCCAUCCUGUUUUAUCGGCGGAUGGGAAACACAUUGAAAUUCAAGCUGCAAUUUUUGACAUGACAAAGAAAGAAAAAGAAGUUUUUUGUAGUGUGUUGAAGAAUGCCAAACUGCCAUAUGGCAGUGCUUCUAACAUUGGUCGGUUUGUACAGGAGAGAAAAGUCCUUGGGUAUAAAAGCCAUGAUGCUCACUUCAUACUCCAUUAUCUUUUACAAUUUGCUGUGAAGAAGGCUUUAAAACCUGAGGUUGCGCUACCGUUAAUUAGAUUAAGUGCAUUCCUUAGGGGUGUGUGGAGCAAGGUAGUUGAUGUGAGUAUGUUGAAGAAAUUGCAAGAUGAUAUUAUUAUCAUACUUUGUAAUUUAGAGAUGAUAUUUCCAUCUGCUUUUUUCGAUAUAAUGAUUCACUUGCUUGUUCAUCUAUGUCGAGAAAUCGAAUAUGGUGGACCAGAGCACCUUCGAAAUAUGUUUCCAAUUGAACGGUAUCUUGCAAAACUUAAAGCUUAUGUUCGUAAUCGAAGUAAACCAGAAGGUUCAAUUGCGGAGGGGUACUUGGCUGAUGAAUGUGUUACAUUCUGUGCAAGAUUUUUGAGUGAUGAUGGGGCAAUUUCGAAUAUAGAUGUAACCUGUCCAAUACAAGCUGAAUAUCAUAUCGACACAAGAAGGAAUAAGGAUGGCAAAGUAUUUCAUUUAACAGAUGCAGAGCAUAAGGCUUGUCAUCGAUAUGUUUUAUUCAACUGUGGUAAUCAGGAAAUUGAGAAACUAAUGGAGUAA